UCGGUCGCUCUCGGCAGAUAGGCCUGCUCCGACCCCAGACGACCCAUGGCGAUGGUAGCACACAACUGGUUGUGGCUUUCACGAGGCAGGCACGCCGCGCGCUCUCCAUGAGCGUUCCGCUCCGCUCGCACCAUUCCGUGUUGCCGCGCCAUCCUGUCGAUUUCGUCGUACGCGCGUCUCUCGACACGCGUCGCGGAGCACCGGGACAUCGGAGGCGGCCUCGAACGCGCGUUCCUCGCGUGUGGGAGUGCCCCUGCGUCGGAUAUAACGCGCGUGCCGUGCGCGAGCUGUCAAACGGGAGGGCCGGGGCCGGCGCGUUUUCGCGCGGAAUCGCACGCGGCCGUGAAAAAAGCCGUCACGUGCACACGCGGGGGGGUGGCCACCCCCGCGUCAAGGAUUUGCACCGCGCGAAAUAUGAACGGCGGCUCGUAACGAGAGUGCAGUGCGGGUGUUCUCGCGUGCGGCCGUAAAUAUACACGAGUAUACAAACGUCACGUGGCGGCCACGAUGCUCGGGCGACUUGUGAUAUUGCUGUUCGUUGUCGCACGGCCAGCCGCGAGCUACUUCAACCUCUUCCUCGGCCGCGCGGAGGUCCGCAAGCUACUGGGAUUGGAAGGAGAAUUGUUUUACGUGAGGGAGGGCGUCGUAAACGACUAUGCUAUGAAGUUCAUUGUUCCUGUACCAGCACUGAUUCAUAAGCUCCACUUCACGUGGGAAAAUCUCGCCGGUAGACCGCUGCCGUACACGAUGUCUGUGGAUAUCAGCAAUCCUUCGGUGCUAAGCAGUUCUCUGAAUGUCUCCCAAAUCGGCGAGAUACCCGUCGGUGGUUUGCAAACGUGGGCCUUAUCGUUGCAUUGCGGGCCCUACAACGUAGAAGUCGACCUCAGUCUCCGGAUAAACGUCUCGCUACAGAGGAAGAACACUACCACCUUGGAGUUCAAGCGAAAGAAAAUCUGUAUGCAGAAAGAGAGUUACACCGAACCCGAAGAGGUCCUAGUCGCUGCCCCCGACUCCACUUCCGGCGGUCAGGUUUUCUACGUGGCAAUUGGUUGCGCGAGUGCGUUCAUGGCGGCUAUUUUCGUCUUGAUUAUGGCCUACUAUGUUCGCGAUAAGAAGACUAGGCGACAUCGAGAUCCUCUUCAGGAAUCCAGGGGACUCAGUUCGGCGUGCAGCAUGGAAAGGGGUACUGGAGUGGGACCUGCACAGACCUUUUUGUCACCGGAAACACCUCCACCUACCUCCGCUGCGUCAGGAUCGACUUAUAGAAGACUGGAUGAGCGCCCUAACAGAGAACUUCAUGAGAGAAUCCAGGAAAUCACCGUGCAAAGAUGCAGGGUGCGUCUCCUCAGUAUUGAAAUGGAGGGAACAUUUGGGCGCGUGUAUAGGGGCAGUUAUCACGAAGAAGGCGCUACAUCCCCGAAGGAUGUGUUGGUAAAAACUGCUGCCGAACACGCAUCCCAAUCGCAAGUGGCUCUUCUACUGCGAGAAGGUUUAGCCCUGUACGGACUGAGUCAUUCAGCGUUACUUCCGGUCCUUGGUGUUUCCAUUGAAGACCGAAGCGCGCCUUUCCUGUUAUACCCACAUACAGGCUACAAAAAUAUGAAGAGAUUUUUGCUGAGGUGCAAGUUUAGUAACGAAGGACCUCCGAGGGCCCUCACCACCCAGGAAGUCGUUGAAAUGGCACUCCAAGCUGCCAAAGGUGUACAAUAUCUUCACAGAAAAAGGCUCGUUCAUAGAGACUUGGCUGCCAGAAAUUGUGUGGUUGACGAUGACUUGAAAGUACAGAUCACGGAUAACGCCUUGGCUAGAGAUCUGUUCCCACAGGAUUAUCACUGCCUUGGCGAUAACGAAAAUCGCCCAAUCAAGUGGCUGGCGAUAGAAAGUUUACUCAACAAGACCUUCACUACAGCUUCUGACGUGUGGGCAUUCGGUGUUUUACUGUGGGAGCUAACGACGUUGGCACAACAGCCUUAUGGAGAAGUAGAUCCAUUUGAGAUGGCGUCCUAUCUGCGAGAGGGAUACAGGUUGGCGCAACCGAUAAACUGUCCGGACGAGCUGUUCGCGGUGAUGGCGUAUUGCUGGGCGAUGUCAGCGGAGGAGAGGCCAACGUUUAGUCAAUUGAUUAUUUGUCUGCAAGAUUUUCACACUCAAUUAACGCGAUACGUUUAAUUGAGCGUGCUCACUGGCUGUAAAGUAGGACUGAACUUUGCUAUUAAGUUUCCAUUUGAUUUUCUAAACAUAUCGCAAUUUUUCUCCAAGGAAUUCUAUUGAAACCUCAAUAGGAAUAAAAACGUAUGUAUAUAUCUCUCAUUCUAGUACUUAGGCAUUACUUUUCGUAUAAUUCAAACAUUUUAGUCGUGUAUAGAUAUAAUAGAUUCUAAUGUAAUAUAAAUAUGCAUCACUUUUCUCGUCAAAAUUGUGCAAUUGUUAAGUGGAUCGCUUCAACUGUCAGUCAAAACCGAAUUUAGAAUAGAAUUUUACUGUUGCGAGAUAAUUUUCGCAUAAAAAAAAGUUCUAAAAUUACAAUCACAGGAAUAUAGUAUGUACAUAUCCAAGCGAUGUGUCUAAAUAAUUCCUGUAUUGCAAAUGAGCACAGCAUGUAGAAAUCGCGUGAAUUAUUCACAUUGUAAAAGUUAAGACUGAACUUCCACUAUUGCGCCACGUGUUUGGCGCUCGUUCGACCUGUGUCAUCCGCGACUACCAAAACCGGCGAACGCACGUCAUCCCGCAACGCUCGCCAGUCCCAUUUUCGGAAACCUGUACUGCCGGUGGUGAAACGGCGAAUCUGAGCCAUGUGAUACGCUUUGCUUGCCUACGUGUGUGUGUUUCAAGUGUGCCAAUAUCUUCCCCACUUCUCUCUCUUUUGUAUUUUUGUACAUAAUAUAUUUUUACGGCGUGUGCAUACGCGUUAUCGACGAGUAUCGCGCCUAGAUGAAGGUAUCCCAUGUAUAUAAUUGACUUGUAGCGCGCGAGGCUAUAAUUGUACAAACUACAGACGUUGCGAGCCCAAUAAAUUUCUAUCUAUACGAUACAGAA